UGCUGGAGAUAAAACACUGGCAGGACAUGGUGUUUUUACUGGUGCAGACUGAAGGACAACAGUCUGUGGAGACGACCAAGAAGGUUUUAAAGAAGAUGGAGAGGACUGAUCUGGUGCAGAGGUUGUUAGACAGGAGCUCAGCACCCAAAGAGAAACACUCUGAUGAACAUCGACCUGCACUGAUCCAGGGAGUAGCAACAAUGUCAGCUGUUAAACAGCUGCUUUUGGAAACUCUGAAUGAUUUGAGUGACGAAGAGCUCAAGAAAUUCAAGUGGAUCCUGAAGGAGACUGCCAAAUGGAAGAAUCUUUCAUUCACCAUGUCAUUAAUAAGACUCACCAGAAAAAGGGAAGGAUUAGUCGAUCAGAUGUUGGAGAACUUUGGUCAACAGUCUAUUGACUUAACCAGGGAGGCUGUAAAGAAAAUGAACAGGAUUGAUCUGAUGCAGAGGCUGUCAGAGCCCAGCUCAGGACUCAAAGAGAACCCCUCUGUGGAUGAACAUCGACCUGCAGCGAUGAAGAGAGCAGCUGUGAAACAUGUUCUUUGGAAAUCACUGAAGGAUUUCAGUCAAGAGGAGUUUGAGAAAUUCAAGUAUUUGCUGCAGUUCACGUACUUCCAGAAGGGGCUUCUACUCAUCCAAUGGAGACGACUGUACUGGGCAGAGAGUGCAGGCGAACUGGUGGAUGUGAUGGUGGAGAACCAGCAGCCGAUGGAGGUGACCAAAGAGGUUUUCAUGGACAUGAACAGGCCUGAUCUGGUAGAGAGGCUGUCAGAGACCAGCUCAGGACUCAAAGAUAAACAGCAGCUUCCACUGAUCCAAAGAGUGGAAGCGAUGGCGUCUGUCAUUGAGCUGCUUUUCGAAACAUUGAAAGAUUUUACUGACCGGGAGCUUAAACAGUUCAAGCAUGUCCUCCAGCGUCAGAAUCCCUUUCACAGACGUUUCUCAGGUCUCUUAUUGAUGCUGCCACAGACAGCAGACAGGCAGGUCAUGGUGUUUUCACUGGUACUGACCUACGGCCAACAGUCUGUGGAGACGACCACGAACGCUUUAAGGAAGAUGAACAGGAUUGAUUUGAUGCAGAAGUUGUUAGACAGCAGCUCAGGACCCAAAAAGAAACACUCUUUGGAUGAACACCUGUCUGCACUGAUCCACAAAGUGGCAACAAUGGCGGCUGUGAAAGAGCUGCUUUCAGAAACACUCAGUGAUUUGAGUUACGAGGAGCUUAAAACAUUCAAGUGGUUGCUGCAGUUCAUGUUCUUCCAGAGGAGCCUUCCUCUCUUCUCACAGAGACAUCUGCCAGUGGAAAGAGAGGUAGAAGAUCUGGUAGAUUUAAUGGUGGACAAGUGCGGUCAGCAGUCUGUGGAGGUGAUGAAGGAGGUUUUCAUGAACAUGAACAGGACUGAUCUGGUCCAAAGGCUGCCAGAGACCAGCUCAGGACACGAAGCUGCAGGAUCAUCAGCGCAAGAUUUUGUUGUGAAAACUACAGAGGGAGACAAACACCAUGUGGAUGAACAUUGGCCUGCACUGAUCCAGAAAGUGGACACUAUGGCGUCUGUCAUAGAGCUGCUUUUGGAAACACUGGCUGCUUUGAGAAAAGAUGAGCUCGAGAAUUUCAAGUUGAUCCUCUCGCAAGAAACUGACCUCACAGAACGCAUCUCAUCCAGUUCAUUGAUGCUGCUGGAGAUAAUGCACAUGCAGGACAUGGUGUUUUUACUGGUGCAGACUGAAGGACAACAGUCUGUGGAGACGACCAAGAAGGUUUUAAAGAAGAUGGAGAGGACUGAUCUGGUGCAGAGGUUGUCAGACAGGAGCUCAGCACCCAAAGUGAAACACUUAGAUGGACAUCGACCUGCAAUGAUCCAGAGGGUAGCAACAAUGUCAGCUGUUAAACAGCUGCUUUUGGAAACUCUGAAUGAUUUGAGUGACGAAGAGCUCAAGAAAUUCAUGAGGAUCCUGAUGGAGACUGCCUCCCAGAAGAAUCUUCCAGUCAGCAUGUCAUCAAAGAGAGCAGAAUUUGUGGAUCUGAUGGUGCAGACCUACGGCCAACAGUCUUUUGACUUAACCGUGGAGGUUGUAAAGAAAAUGAACAGGAUUGAUCUGAUGCAGAGGCUGUCACCCAGCUCAGGACUCAAAGAGAACCCCUCUGUGGAUGAACAUCGACCUGCAGUGAUGAAGAGAGCAGCUGUGAAACAGGUUCUUUGGAAAUCACUGGAGGAUUUCACUCAAGAGGAGUUUGAAAGAUUUAAGUAUUUGCUGCAGUUCACGUACUUCCAGAAGGGGCUUCCACACAUCCAAUGGAGACGACUGUACUGGGCAGAGAGUGCAGGCGAACUGGUGGAUCUGAUGGUGGAGAACCAGCAGCCGAUGGAGGUGACCAAAGAGGUUUUCAUGGACAUGAACAGGCCUGAUCUGGUAGAGAGGCUGUCAGAGACCAGCUCAGGACUCAAAGAGAAGCAUCUGUCCAUAGUGCUCCAGAAAAUUUUGGAAACACUGGAGGAUUUAAAUUACGAGGAGCUUGCAACAUUCAAGCGGCUCCUGCAGCAAACUGAAAUGGAGAAAGGCUUCCCAAGAAUCCCAAAGCACCGAAUGGAGACAGCAGAGGGAGGUGAAGUAGCAGAGCUGAUGGUGGAGACCUACGGCCAGCAGUCUGUGGAGGUGACCAGGGAGGUUUUAGAGGAGAUGAACAGGAGAGAUCUGGUACAGAGGUUCUCUGAAAUCACCUUAGGAUCUGAAGGGCCUUCAGGAAGCUUGGAGGCUGAGGGUUGUGGCAGCACGAUGCAGGUCUCCAGUGACUGGACUAAACUUGACCCUGAAGUGAACAGUACAGACAAGGCUCCAACUUACAGCCUGCAGUCUGAAGCAGGAAACUUUGAAUGCAGCGUCUCUGGCUUGCGCUGGGUCUGUAAGGAAAAGGUCAGCUUGAAGUUCCAGUUCUGCUCCUUGAAGGGUCACAUGGAGAAGAUUGAAAGCAUCAAAUACAUGCCUGCAGGGCCCCUUAUGGGCAUCACAGUCAUUGCUGGGAAGAUAGAUAUAGUGUACCUGCCUCACUGGAUUUGUGUCGAUGAUCCUACACUGUUAAACAAGUUUUCAGUCCUGCACAUAGAUGACUGUGGAGUUACUGUGGAAAAAGUGUCUGAGGUCACAUCGUCCCAUGUCAAGCUGUGUGAACCAGCUUUCUCUUUAAUCAUAGCCCUGCUGGAAUGGUUAGGCAUUUGGACAGUGGAAAUAUACUGUAAGCUGGUCAUAUACUGUAAACUUGACACAUCAUCCCUCUAUCUCCAUGCUUACCUGAUCCCACCUGAUCCUGCUCUGAUAGAGGAAAUAGACCAGACAGAAUUAUCUGAAGGAUACAAAAGAAUCCGAAAGCCACAUCCAAAGAUGCCCCUGAAGAUGAAUGGUCUUUUUAUCCUUAAAGCACAGCUGGAUGAAGAAGAAAUUGCUCCUCAAGAAUUAAGGCUCAGACAUGACAUCACGGACCCAGAUUUCGCAGAAGUGUAUGUUGAAAAUCAUAAAGAGAGAAAUGUUGAGCUCAAGCUCACACAAGAAAAAAGGGAGCAACCAGUCUGGACCUGUGUUAUUCCAAAUGGACAAUACCAAAGCAGUAGUCAUAUAGAAGAGGAACACCCUGCUGAUGAACACCUGUCUGCACUGAUGCAGGAAAAAACGGCUAAAGAGAGGCUUUUGGAAAUACUGAAUAAUUUGAGCAAUAAACAGUUCAAAGACUUCAAAUGGCACCUGGAGAACCUCAAAGACAUCAGCGAAAGUGAACUGGAGGACAAGGAAAAGUGUGACGUUGUGAAUAAGAUCUGGCAGACCUACACCGAAAGAUCUGUGGAGGUAACCAAGACUGUUUUAGAGAAAAUCCCCAGGAAUGAUCUGGUGCAGAAGUUGUCAGGACCCAGCUCAGGAUCCAAAGGAUCAUCAGCUUGAGCAUCCAAUGUGAAAACCACAGAGGGAGAGCAAAUUUGUGGAUGAACACUCGUCUGCACAGAUCCACAAAGUGAACAUCCGUCCAACUCGACACAACACAGCUUUAAUUCAACAAAUAAUGGUUGAAAAUCCUCCUCAACUUGAACUGACACAUUAUGAUACAAGCCAAAAUUCAACCUGUCGCAGAACUGAGGCUGUAUUCAGGUUUUUUGCUUCAGCAACAUUACUUAAAUGUUUUCAUCAAUCAUGUAGACACUGCAACUUCCAGCACUGAGGAACACAAGAAGAAAAUAUAUUUUUAGUUAAAUCAAAAUUUGCAAGUUGCAAUCAGUGUAAAAUUAUUUGAAGUAUUUAUAAAACAUGGUGUUUCUGAGGGCACCAAAAAAAAACAUUCCAGAUCACAUUUUUGAGAUUCAAAGAGAUACAUUUUUAAUCAUUUUUGAGCAUAAAUUACAAACA